GCCUGCGCCCGCCGUGGUCUUUUACGGCCGCCGUAAAGAGGCUCUGCCUUCGGCUGCGGCUUGGAAGGGUUCGGUUAUUCCCACAGCCUAGAGGUCAUGGAUGCACGAUUCACAAGGGGCAAGUCGGCCAUCUUGGAGCGGUCACUAGUGAGGCCCAAGACGGAGGUGAGCCUGAGUGCCUUCUCCCUGCUGUUCUCGGAGCUGGUUCAGUAUUGCCAGAAUCGUGUGUACUCCGUGGCAGAGCUGCAGGCACGGCUGGCAGAACUGGGUCAGCAGGUAGGCGCCCGAGUGCUGGAUGGCCUGGCCACUCGGGAGAAGGGCGGCCGACGGGAGACCCGGGUCCUGGGUGCACUGCUCUUUGUCAAGGGGGCAGUGUGGCGGGCGCUCUUUGGCAAGGAGGCAGACAAGCUGGAACAAGCCAAUGAUGAUGACAAAACCUACUACAUCAUCGAGCGUGAGCCGCUCAUCAACACCUACAUCUCCGUGCCCAAGGAGAACAGCACGCUCAACUGUGCCAGCUUCACAGCAGGUGUGGUUGAAGCUGUACUCACCCACAGUGGCUUCCCUGCCAAAGUCACUGCCCACUGGCACAAGGGUACCACGCUCAUGAUCAAGUUCGACGAGGCUGUCAUUGCCCGGGACCGCGCCCUGGAUGGCCGCUGAACUGAGGACAGACUAGGGAAUGAGAGGGCCAGGCCCUUCUUUGUAUUUUGAGCCAUGGCCCUUUGUACUCCUGGAUUGUUCCCGUUGUCAGAUGAGCAACCUUCUCUCUGCCCACCUGCCCCCAGUCUACUACGAUGUGAACCCUCAUCACUUCUUCUGACUCUUGACUCUCUGUGUUCAGUCACCAGGCCUUGUCCGUCUAUAGGUUCUGGUGUUGGGAAGUAUAUUCCCUGGCAUACUCAGGGACAAGGGGCUCAGGUUCCUCUAGGCUUGAUCAGGCUAACCUCCACAGUCUGGGUUUGGCCUGUUUUUAUUUUUUAAUUUUUUGUGUCAUCUCCUGCAUGGUAUGGGGAUGAGUGGGGGUGGCAAGAGGGGAGGGUCUGGUUCCUGUCACCUGGGUUUUCUUAACCCUUGACUCUUCUCUGCCUGUUUUCUUGGGGACUCAGUGUAGGGGCUUCUGUAUAUUAUCAGUUGAGGAAGAAUCAGUGACACUAGCCGUUUCCCUUGAAGAAACUCUGCAAUCCUCUUGUCCAGACCCUCUAGGGAAUAUUCUAGGGGUUAUCAGUUUGGAGGAUCUCAUGGCUUUAUAUCUGCUUCCUGUGGUGGUUGGGGGGGGGUCCCACAUGGUUCUGUCCCAUGACACACUGGCUAGGGACCGGAAACUGAGCUGUCCCAAUGGUUCUUACUUCUGCUUGAGUAGGGGUAGUUCCUUGAUCAGCCCCAAACCUGGCCUUUUAGUAGCUAUUCUACAGUCAGAAGUAGAAGGUUUGGGUUUCCAUCCCAGUUCUAGGGAAGGUGUACGGUCAGAUGUUUAAUCUCUUUCUCACCCCAGGAUUCCUCUGUCCUUUCUCAGUUCCUGCCCCUUUUCCCCUCACCCACCUGAGUCUUGGGUGAUAGUACAGUCCUCAUAAUUUAUUUUGGGGCUCUGAGGACAGUGAAUUGCUGCUAGAACAGUGUGAUGUACAUUAAAACUAAGUGUUCCCGGA